AUGCUUAAGGAUGGUCAUAAAUUACAUGCUAUUGAAAUAUAUUUACAAUGUUUUCAACAAACACUUAAAAAUAAUGCUUUACUUGACUUAUUUUGUCAUUUUGUUCAUGAACGUUGUUUUGAUCAAUUAAGAACAAAAGAACAAUUAGGUUAUUUUAUUUAUUCUGGUGCACAUCGUUCACGUGGUGAACAAGGUUUUGUAGUUAUUGUACAAUCGCCUAAAAAUCUUGAUCAUGUUAAUCAACGUAUUGAAUUAUUUAUUGAUUCGAUGAGAGAUUAUAUUUCGAAUAUGCCUGAUCAUGUAUUUAAAAAACAGCGUGAAGGUUAUGUGGUAAAAAAAGUCGAAAUUCCAAAGGGAAUGUAUGAUCAAGUACAUAAAUUUUGGAGUGAAAUAUGGCAUCAUCAAUUUUGUUUCGAUCGACCUCAACUUGAAGUUGAAAUAAUAAAAUCUUUGGAACGUACUGAUUUAGUUCAGUUUUAUGAUCAUUAUAUAUCAUUAAAUUCUAUUCACCGUCGUAAAUUAUCUGUUCAUGUUAAUUCAUCUGCAACAGCAUUACAAGGAAUAGAUGAUGAAGAACCUAUCAUUGACGAAGAAACUGAAUUAGCAGCUGUUCUUGAUGAAGAAUUACCUUCGCCUACUGAUGAAGAAAAUACUGAAACAAUAAUUGAAGGAGCUGUUGAACAUACAGUUAAAUUAACUGAACAAUCGCCUAUUGUUGAUACAAUAACUGAUAAAGAUUCUAAAGAAAAAGAAAAAAUUAUACCUGAAAAACAAAUUAAUUUACCAAAAGAAGAAUGGAUUGACAAUGUUCAUGUAUGGAAAAGUAAAUUGUCAUGUUAUUCACUUGCUCAACCGCAUGAAGAAAUUAAAAUACCAGUUCUCUACAAAUUAUAA